UAUUGCCUUAUUGAUGCCUAGCUUGUCGGCUCAAGCGGCAUUGACCCAGUCUUAUGGCAAAGACCCUGAGUGACCACCUGUUGCAUACCUUAGAGAGCCUGGUGGCCUAUGAUCUGGAGAAGUUCAAGUUCAAACUACAAAAUGCCAACUUGGAUAAAGAUAGAGAUCGGAUUCCCCAAGGCAGGCUUCAAGAUGCUGAUGGACCAGUGAAGCUUGCUGCACUUCUGGUCAAUUCUUAUGGGGAAAAAUAUGCCGUGAAGUUGACCCUGCAGAUUUUGCAAGCUAUCAACCAAAAUCUCCUGAUGGAGGAGCUCAGCAAAGCAAUAAACUCAGAACAUUUGACUCAAGAGUGUGUUAGAGAAAUCUUGGGAAUCUCUGCUUUCUCAAGGGAAACAGGAUCUAAGAAAUUGGAAGCUACUGUUCCUCUGAAAAGGGCAAUAAAGAAUCCAGAUGCUGAUUUGCAGGAUCCACAUGAAGCUGACACAGCUGGGCUGCAGGUUCCAGUUCUAUCCCACCAGUUGUAUGCUGGACAAGAAUGUCAGAAAAAAUUCCAGGGGGAACAGGAAGAUCAGAGGACUAUAAAAAGUUCACAUGUGACUGAAAUUCAGGAGAGACAUAGGAACAAUUCUGUGGAUCCAGAAGGCAACAGAUAUGAAUAUUCAGAAGUUGCUGUCACCUUAGGGCAAAAAGCAAAGAGGAAUCAAAAGCUUUGCUUUUUCUUGGGAGAGAAGAAAAUAGAGAAGCAUGGAUUUGGUGCAUCUUUAGGAGAGCAAAAUUACUACUCAAAUCAAAAAUUGGUGAAUAAGAGAACUGGGAAUCCAGAAAUUGCUAUGUUCUUGGAGGAAAAGGCAGUACUCCUUGAAUCCCAGGGGGAAAAAAUACUUGUGAAUGUGGAUACUUCCCUAUCUUCAGGAAAGAAAGAACCUAAGAGUCCUGGAAACCAGUAUUUAAAAGAAAAUUCUGAAGAUGAACUGACACUGACCAGGACACCUAUUGAAGCCUUCAACAUCAGACGGAGCACAGGAGCUCCUGUCAGAGCAGCAUCCCUGAGGAAAAUGCAGGAAUCAUGUUCGGUUUGUCAGGACAUGGUGCGAAAACCGGCAAGGAAUUCCUGUAGUCACGACAUCAGAUACCAAUGCAAUAAUGGGUAUAAUGUCUGUCUCAAAUGCAAGAUCAUGUUUUCUAAGAAUUUCCAACAGAGCAAGAGUCUAGGAAACAUACCCACUGAUUUCCAGGAGCCACUGCAAAGUCCUGGUUCCACACCUCAUUGUGAACACCACCCAAAGCAGCUCCAACUACUGUUCUGCAAGGAUCAUGGAAAAACCAUUUGUCUCAACUGCAGUAUUUCCCCGGAGCACAAAGGUCACCGAAUACUCACCAUAGAGGAGGUUGCUCAAAGCUAUAAGGAACAAAUUCGGAGUCAUCUGGAGCAUCUUAAGAAAGUAAGAGAAGCAGCUAAAGAGAAGAAAUCACAAGGAGAUGAGAAAAUGGCAGUCUUCCUGAACAAGACAGAAACUCAGAAGGAGCAGAUUUUGUCCCGACUGAUGCAGGUGCAUCAGUUUUUAGAGGAACAAGAGCAACUCUUCCUGGCCUGGAUGGAAGAACUAUCCAGAAACAUCAUCAGGAGCAAGGAAGAGUACAACAUUAAAGCAUCCCAGGAAAUCUCCCUUCUUGAAGAGCUGAUGGAGGAAUUGGAAGAAAAACAGAAACAGUCAGCAUGGGAACUCCUGCAGGACAUAAGAGUCACCCUGAUGAGGGCAGAAUGGAUGAUUCUUCCUAAAGAGUGGGCUGUGUCUCCUGAGUUGAAAGAGAAAGUCCACAUUAUCUUCUGGAAAUCAGAGUGUAUGCAGAAGAGCAUGAGGAAAUUCAUAGAGAGUCUGCAAUCAGAAAUGGAAACAUUCAAAAUUUUACAGCUGAGAGAAGUCCAACUGUAUACAGCUAAUGUGACUCUGGAUCCAGAAACAGCACAUCCUCAACUUAUCAUAUUUAAUGAUCAAAAAAGUGUGAGACUUGGGAAGAAAUGUCAGAAGUUGCCUAAUGUCCCACAAAGAUUUGAUAAUUCUCUCUUUGUUCUGGGAUCUCCAAGUUUUGUCUCAGGGAAACGGUAUUGGCAAGUAUAUGUGGGAGACAAGACUAUGUGGACAUUGGGAGUUUGCAAAAAUUCUGUUAACAGAAAAGGGAGUAUAGCCUUUUCACCAGGAAAUGGGUAUUGGUUGGUAAUGAUGACAAAAAAGAAUGAGUACAGUGCCUCCACCGUUCCACCAACCCCUCUCUCUUUGGGAGAGCCCCCAAGAUGUGUGGGAAUUUUCCUGGAUUAUGAAGCUGGAGAUAUUUCCUUUUACAAUGUGACUGCCAGAUCCCACAUAUAUACGUUCCCUUUCUCUGGUUCUUCCUCUGAUCCUCUUCGACCUGUCUUCAGCCCUGGUUUGCAUGAUAGAGGCAAAAACACAGAUCCUCUGUCCAUCUGUCUAUUGUAGAUAGAAUAAAAGAAGUUUAGCUAGCAUCCAUGCUAUUGAACAUGAAUCUACUCAGGUGAUUUCAUGCUCUUUAUAACAUUUUAAAAUCUCAUUUAUGGAGUAAACACACAUAUCUUACUUUGUCUUUUGGUUAUCACUAUGCUUGCUUUUAACCUUCCUCUUAGACUUUAUACUCUUUACAAGCAGAAACUCUGUCCUAUUCAAUUCUAUAUUCCCCAUAGCACUGUGAAUAAAGACUUGUAUAGUUGGUGCUAAAUAAAUGUUUGUUGAAUAAAUGACCAGCCUCAGUUUCUUCUGAAAGGGACUUAGCUGUAAUAAUUAAAAAAGUUUGGAACUGGUUGAAAAAUAGAGAUUUCAAAAGCCAACAAACCUAGAGUAUUUGAUAAAAACCCAAAGGCCUCAGCUACUGAGUUAAAAAGUCACUAUUUGACCAAAACUGCUGGGAAAACUGGGAUAUAGCAGAAAUUAAGUUAAGAUAAAUGCUAAAUGAAUAUAUAACCUAAACAUAAAAGGUUAUAUCAUAAACAAAUUAGAGGAACAAAGUAAAAAUGGCCUUUCAGAGCUGUGGAAAGGGAGAGAGUUCAUGAUUAGCUAAGGGACAGAGAAGAUGACAGAUGAUAAAAUGGACAAUUUUGGUUAUAUAAAAUUUAACAAAUUUUGCACAAAUAAAGCCAAUGCAGUUAAGAUGAAACAGGAACUAGAAAACUAGGAAAAUUUUUGUAGCAAUUUUUAAUUCCAAAAUAUAUAAGAUACUGAGUCAAAUAUAUGAGUAAGAGUUACUUCAAAUUGUGGUACAGUGGCUGUUACUGUGUUGUUACAAAUUAUUGAUAUGAGGAAUUCAGAAAAACAUUGAAAUAUUUACACAUCUGAUAUAGAACAAGUUAAGCAGAGACAAAAAACUAUUUGUAUGUAUACAUAUAUUAUACACACAUAUAAUAUACUCUCUCUAUAUAAUGUGUUACAUAUACAUAUAUCCACACACAUACAUGUAUAUACAUACCCACACACAUAGAGCUAUAACAAUGUAAAUCAAAAGAUCACAAAACUAUCAAAAGUGAAUGUUGUAAAAUGACAAAGAAGAAGUAUGGGAAAAUAUUCCUUUGUGGAGGAGUAUUUUCUCACUCAAGAUUGCUUUAGCUUUAUCUGAGAAAUUUGUUAU